AUGAGUGUUAGGAUAGGUGAGAAGAAACUGGUGGAAGUAUUGCAAUGUUUGUUCUUGCAGUGGGUUGAACUGAAGGCUUCAGAACAACAAGAAGAUGAUGGUACAGAGAGUGCAUUUUCUGUUGCAGUUGCAGUCAAUGGCAGAGAUUUGAGAUUGGUACCAUUUCAUCUAUUAAUAAUAUGGAGUUGUAGCAGUGCUGGAUUUAGGCAGUCAAGUGAAUGUAAAAUGUCCAAGGGAAGAUACAUCUUAUAUGCAUAUCCAACAAAGGGAAAGUCGCUGAAGAAACAUCAAAACAGUUCAUCUAGCAACUGGGUUGUGAUUAUGGAUUCUUCUAAUGCAUCAAAUUCAAAUACGGCAAACACUACCUGUGAUUUAUUGCCCUCUUCUUCGGCUACUCAAACUAAAGAUCCAGCAUGGGAAUGGGGUGAACGCCAAGACCUAGCAAAUCAAAAUAUAAUUACUUGUUUGUUAUGUAAGAAAUUAAUUCGUGGUGGUGGAAUUACUAGGCUUAAGGAGCAUCUUUUACAUAUUAAAGGGAAUGUUUCUUCAUGUCCAAAUGUGUCCAUUGAUAUUAUGAACAAAGUUGGUCUGGUGAAUUCUGUAAAGAGGACCAAAAAAGCUCAUAAGGAUAACAUUGAUUUAGCGUAUCGGCGUGCAAACAACUCAGAUGAAGCCUCUGAUGCUGAUACCGAUGUUGAAGAACAAGAAGUUGAAAUUGAUGGCAAUAUGGGCAGUCGUGGUGCUGGUUCUAGUGCUGGUGUGGGUGCUAGUCAACUAGUUUCUCAGAAUCAGACAAAGAGAAAGAGGAUAAGCCAAAGUAAUAGUAGAGGUCCAAUUGAUUUAUAUAUGAAGACAGACCACCAAAAAACUCAACAGGCCACUCUUGAAAGAGACUCAGCUGUGAAAGAGAAGUUAAUGAAGACUGCAUGGAAAUGCAUUUCAGCUUGGAUGACUGAGAAUUCAGUAUCAUUUAACACUGUUCGUUGCCCAAGUUUCAAAGAAAUGAUAUAUGCAAUAGGCGACUAUGGGAAAGCUAUGCCCCCACCAUCUUACCAUCAGAUUCGUACGAAUCUUUUCAAGGACCGGUUAGUAGAAAUGAAGAAAUUUGUUGAUACAUUUAGGGAACAUUGGAUGAGGUUUGGAUGUUCUAUCAUGUCUGAUGGAUGGACAGAUGGGAAAAAGCGACAUCUUAUUAACUUUUUGGUGAAUUGUCCGAAAGGGACAGUUUUUUUGAAGUCUGUGGAUGCGUCAAACAGAACCAAUGAUGCUGAUUUUAUACGUGGGCUUGUAAAGGAGGUAAUUAAUGAUGUUGGGGAAGAAAAUAUAGUUCAGUUCAUUACCGAUAAUGGUUCAAAUUUUAAAAAGGCAGGGAAAGAUUUAAUGCUUGAAUACCCAAAUAUGUUUUGGACUCCUUGUGGUGCUCAUUGUGUUCAGUUGAUGCUAGAAGAACUUUGUGGCAAGCUUCCACGAAUCAAGACAGCCGUCAUUCUAGGUAAGAGACUCGUUACAUAUAUUUAUGCUCAUUUUCAAGUAUUAAGCUUAAUGAGGGAGAUGAUCGGUGGUGAAUUACAUAGGUCUACAAAGACUAGAUUUGCAACUCAGUACUACACACUAGAAAGUCUUGCAAAGUAUAAAACCCAUUUGCAAAUAAUGUUUGUGAAUGAUAAGUGGUUGAAAAUGAGGUUUGCAAAAGAAACUAUGGGAAUUAAUGUACUUAAAAUUGUCACAAGCGGUACAUUUUGGGAAGAUGUUGAUUAUUCUUGUAGAGUGCUAAAGCCUUUGGUUAAGGUUGUAAGGUUAGUGGAUAUCGAGCGCAAACCUACAAUGCCUUGUUUUUAUGAAGCAAUGAGGAUAGCAAGGGAGAAACUCGAGGAGAAUUUCAGUCAAGAUGAUAGUACUUGGACUGUAAUUAAGGCUAUCUUUGAUAAAAGAUGGAAGAAUAACUUCAAUCAUGCUCUACAUUGUGCUGCAUAUUAUUUAAAUCCUUCCAUAUUCUACAAAGUCCCUGCUCAUCUAAUGGAUAAUGAUCUUAAGUACAUAGAAAUCAAAAGGGGACUUCAUACAGCAAUGCAAAGGCUUAUUCCCAAUGAAGAAGAUCUUGAGAAAGCUACAACUGAAUUGAGAGACUACAGUGAUGCUAACGGGAUCUUGGGAACUCCGGUUUGCAAAAAAAGAAGAUAUAAAGAUCAACCUCAUGAUUGGUGGAUUACAUAUGGAGGAAUCGAUACCCCAAACCUACAAAAAUUUGCAAUAAGGGUAUUGAGUCUUACUUGUUCUGCUUCCCCGUGUGAGCGAAACUGGAGCACAUUUCAGAAUUUGCAUUCAAAGAAGCGAAAUCGCAUAAAGCAACAAAAAUUGAAUGAUAGCGUCUUUAUUCAAUACAACAAGAAAUUGGAACGUCGAUACAAAGAAAUCAGUCAAUAUAAUGAUGAUCCGAAAGCUCAUGAUCCCAUUUUUCUGGAUGAGCGUGAUGACAAUGAUGAAUGGUUGGCUUUAGAGAAUUUGGAUGACUUGGUUGUACAAGGAGAUAAUGUUAUUUUGUAUGAUUUGCAAGAUAUUGUUGGUGAAAAAGGUAUGCCAGUUGUUGGUAAAAGUGCUUGUAUCUCCCGACGCAAAUCUACUUAUCCAACUGACUCUGAAUAUAGUGGAUAUGAUACUGAUGACUUGAUGUUGGACUCUAAUUAUGGACUACUUGGUGGAGAUGAUGGAUCUACGGAAGAUUAUGAUAUCUAUGAUGAAUCGAAUGAUUUUGAUUAA